GAAAGUGACAGAGAACGUAACAAUAAAAUAUUUCUUUAAGUAUUUUAUGAAGCCAUGAGCUCAGCUCAGCAACUGCUCCGGUCUCAGAGAGACUUGCUGCUGAACUGGACUCUAGACCACCCAGCACCGUUGCUGCGUUGGCUGCGUGAUGCUGAGGUGCUUUCCCCUGCCCACUACCUGUCUCUGCUGGAGAGGUCACCUUCCAAUGCCAUGGCCCAAGCUCUUGAGAUGGUGUGUGCCACUGAGGAGAGCAGCCAAAAGUUCCUGCAGGUGCUGAGAGAGGUGCAGGAUUAUUACUGCGAAGAUCUGCAGGCGUGGGUGGAGAGACACUGCAGGAAAGAUGCCAUCAGUAAGCCAGUGUCUGCACCUGUAAAAGUUGAAGAGAAGAAGCCUAAAGGCCCCAUUGCUAAACUGUUCAAAGGAAAGAGUAAGGGAUUUACCCUGGCUACUGAGGUUCAAGCUAAAGAAGAACUGAAACCUAGCAGGAAUGUAAAGCUGGCCAACAUCCGAGUUCCCAUUUCUGCCCACAAAACAACUCUUCUGAAGCGCACAGAGCAGUUGAAGUGUUACUCAGAGGGUGAGGGAGUGACCUCGAACUCAGCUUCUCACAUCGAGAUCCGCUACACCGACCUUUUUGUGACAGAGGAUGAUGACUCAGUUGAAAGCAGCCAACAUGAGUACUUUGACCUGGCAAGCAGACGAGCUCGCAUCUAUGUCCAUCAGGCUUGCCAGCGCAUUCGGCCGUGCCAUCUCUUGGAACCCCAAGGUACGUCGGGGCGGCCCCCAAAAAGGGUUAAAGUGAAGGGUAUUGCUGGUAUCGGAAAGAGCGUAGCAGUGCAGAGACUAGUCUUUGAGUGGGCGAUUGGGAAGAACAUGCGUGAAUUCACCUGCAUUUUUGACCUGCGCUUCAGAGAGCUCAAUCUGAUUGAAGCACCACUGAGCCUGCUGGAGCUUCUUGGAGAACGUUUCCGGUACCUGAAGGCAGCUCUACCUGAUCUUUUUGCCUCACCAAGCUCUUUGCUCUUCAUCUUAGAUGGAUUAGAUGAGUUCAAAUUUCCCUUGGACUGGAACAGUCCUGACAAAAACAUUGACAUUCACUCGGAGGUGCCAGUGUCAGAGCUAAUGGUGGCUUUGAUCAAGGGAAGCCUGCUCCCAGAAGCAUCAGUCAUCCUCACGACCAGACCAUCCACUGAAGCUCCCAAGCGUUUCUUCCAGAGAUGUUGUGUGGUGUUGGGCUUUGAGGAGGACCAGGUGAAGGAAUACACCACAAAGUUCUACAAAGACAAAGAAGUUGCUGAAAAAGUCUAUGAUUACAUCUUGCACAAUGACAACCUUUUUGUGCUGUCCUUCAUCCCUCUUUAUUGCUACAUCAUCUGCACUGCUAUGGCUGAGUUCUUCUCAGGAAAUCAAGAUGUUGCUGAAUCAAAGUCUCUGGAGCUAAACCCACCCCGAACAGUCAGCGAGGUUUACUUCUGCUACCUCUUUACAGCAAUCAAGCACCAUGCGCUGAAGGGGAGUGCAGACAGAAGCACCCCAAGAUCUGAGGUUCUCUCAUUAGCAAAGCAACAACUGACAGACCUGGGAAAACUGGCUUAUGAAAACCUUUUACAGAAAAAGAUCAUGUUCAACAGAGCAGAUUUGGAGAAGUAUGGUGUUACACCUGCUGAUCUUCAGAGCACCUUUCUCUGCCACAUCCUCCAGCCUCUCAAAGAGGAAACAGUGGAGAUGUUUUCUUUCUUCCACCUGACUGUUCAAGAACAUUUGGCUGCCCUCUACUGUGCAAUCAAUCUCUUCAGCCAGGAGGACAUAAUCCAAGCUCUGGACUUCUGGUGCUUUGGGGUACAUCCACCAUCCUCCCGAGCUGCACCCCUGCAAAACACAGACCUCAGCAUGGACAAGCUGGAGAGCCUCCAGAUGUUCACACGCUUCUUUAUGGGGAUGCUCCGAGCUCGGCUCGCAGGUCAGUUGGAUGGCCUUGUUCUUUCCCCCAUGGAGCAACUGGACAGCAUCCCUGCCAGGCUGGGUCUGUGGUUUCAAGACCAGUUUAAGGGUAGGGAGCUCCAGAACCAGGCUGCCCUCAAUCUUCUCCACUGCCUGAUGGAGUUCCACAUGAAGGAAGCCACCAGCAUGGCCGCACCAGAGAUCAAGAAACUCAACCUGUUUAAAAUGAAGCUGAGUGUUGUGGACUGUGCAGCCAUGCACUAUGUGCUGCAGUUCUCUCCACACAAGCUGCAGGAGCUCAACUUGGGCUAUUCCAACAUUGGAAACAGAGGACUAAACAGACUGGGGCCAAUCCUACACCGCUGUGAAUCUCUCUAUUUGAGAUACAACUGCCUGGAUAGGCAAGCAGCUAUUUUAGAAUCUGCAGUUCUGAAAUCGAAUGAGUGCCAAGUGAAGAAGCUCUUUAUGUGUGGCAAUAACCUGGGUCCAGAGGGGGUUUUGGAGCUGUGGAACGCUCUGGAGCACAACACCACUGUGGAGGAACUCUAUUUGGACAUCACUGGCAUCACAGAGAGAGGAACAGAAAACAUUGUCAACUGCCUCAGCAAAAACACCUCUCUGAAGACACUGACCAUUGUUGGGAAUGACAUCGGAGAGGUGGGAAGAAGGAGGCUGAAGAAGCUGCAGCAAUGUCGACCAGGACUUCGGAUUAUUGCAAACUUCGUGGAAGACCUUGGAUUACUUCAGGCCUACCUGGACUGGGUGGAGGAGAUCCGAGCAGACAGAGACCAGAUGGACUCGGUGAAGAAUGCAGACGCCCUGCAGUCGGUGCUGAAGGGGCUCCAGGUGGCAGGAGAACAGGUGGAGAAAGGAGAGAAUGCAGAAAAAGCCAAGGAGCUCCGGACAAAUAUUCUGGAGCUUCUGAAGUCUUCUAAAAAUCUGGCUGGAGGAAGACAGGUUACGUAGCAAUUUAUGUGCAAUGGUUGCUGGCUCUAUUUGCAGCACCCACCAUGAGUCAAUUUACAUUCUGACUUCAGUCUGUAAAGAAAAUUCAUUUUAAUCCUUAUGCUGUACUUGUGCUGACCCGAGCCCUCUUUAACGACACCAAAAACACAGUCAGAAUUGUUUAAUCAGCUUGAUUCUUUAUGACUUCAAAUCUGAUUAC